GUUGUUUGUCUUUCGACUUCGGAUAGCAUGUUUUCGUUCAUCUCCGCAUCCUUUGCCAUCCUCCUUGCUGCAUCCCAGGUCGCUGCGGUGCCCUCUGGGUCUUCACCUUCGGUCGCAAAGAGAAUUACUGGAUGUGACGGACUCGGCUCGGGAACUGUGAACACAUUGUUCACUUUCAGACUUACGGCCUCUGGUGGGACGAACAAAGGCGAAGAUCUUGUGCUAGUUGAUUCUGGUGAGAACGUUGGUGAUGCUGAUAUCUUUGUCCUCGCAACUCGCAAUACGGUCCCAACUCCCUUCGUCCCCACCUUCUCCCUCAACAAUGCAGUGUUGACUCCGGAUGGUACCAACCAGGUUGACCUGGCAGUCGCCGCUGGGGAAUUGCCUGGCUUCGCUGCCAAUCACGGUGAGGGUGGUCACAUCUACUGCGCAGCUCCUGUGGGCGGCAACUUUGUACUUGCAGUCAAUGGUGACAAGAGCUCAUUUGCCCUGUGCUUCGCCAACGAGUCCCCUAAUCCCAGGAGAUUUGUUGUUUACAAGCCUGAUAGCAACCACCCAGCCUACAACUCUAAGACUUGCCAGUCCGUUCAGUUGAACAUUGUAGAUGUAUAGAAUGUACUGGUCGGCGCCGGUUUGGAAACAUGUAAACAUCAUUCCGACAUCUCUACGGACUUUAGGACACUUUGUAGU